AUGGACAAGUCUGCAGCUUCAACAAACCAAAGCACUCCUGCUGCCAAAAACACAAAUCCUAGCCUUAGUUUACCCAAUAUUGAUUCAAACACAAAGGCGUACAUUGAGGCCGCAUGCCAAGCUUCGUCAAACAUGAUCAUUAGUACUAUUAAGGAAUAUAUCGACCAAACAUUGGAUGCUCACAUGGUCUUGAUUAAUAAGCUCAAUACACGUAUUGACUCUUCUCUCAACCAGCAAAAGCAAAGCCCACAGCUAACCCACCCUACUCAGAACCCGCAGGACACCGCUGCGACACAUAAUCAUACGUUUAAUUUGUCCAGCCCUCAACAAACUAACAGGCCCAAUGAUAACAGCAACACACAACAAGGUAAUUGUCCACUAACCCCCCUGUUAAACAAUCUCUUGAUUGAUGCCAGCAACUCCAGCCAGUACAAUGAGAGAGAUAUAACAACCCAAGCAACACCCCAUACUAAUAAAGCAAUAAAGAUCAAAACUACAAUGCGGAAGUUCCCUUCUUUUGAAUACACAGAGGACUUACCUCCUGUUGACGGCUUUGAGCGGAGGUGCUUCUACAACAAACAUCUCAAUACCAAACAACCAGAUACUACAGCUCCCCACCCACCCAAGAACUAG